AUGAAAAUGCUGGUGAUGCUGCUGGCGUGCCAAACGCUGGCCGCCCCUUCGCCGACGGGACCUUUUGCUCUUGUUCGCGAAGCCGUGGCUGAAUCUCUGCCCGCCCAGGCGCUAAAGGCCAUCGGCGACUUCGUUCAACUGCCCUUCGGUGAAGACCACGAGGAAGAGGAGGCCACUCACGAGGAAGUGGGAGCCACGCACGAACUCAUCUCGCUGUCCGAGUACCCCGUGUGGCGUCUGCACCACUACAACAAGCUCGAAAUCCUGCCCGUGCCUUCCGAGGAAUUGGCCAACAACCCCACGGCCCAGAUGGUCCCUCAUCAGGUCGCGGCCGAAUACGCGCCUCCUCAGGAAGUGAUGCCGGUCUACGAAAAUCCUGCUGAGGCUUUUUACGGGGACAACGAGGAGGUCGAUCAGGGCCGACUCGCCAUGCUGACGCCCAUCCUCGGAGUGGCCGAAGAAGUCAGGAAGGCCGUCAAUUUUGUCACCAACAUUCCUAAGAACAUUCUGUCCUUCGUGGGAUUCCCCGUAGGUGAUGAAGAAGAGUCUGAAGAGGUUAUCCCAGAAGUGCCUGAAAUUAAGGUCCCCCUCGUGACCAAGCUUCCAGUAAAGCUUCCCGUCCUGACUGCCGAGCACCGUAAACCACCCACCUACGUUGUCGUCAACAAACUCGUGCCUGAGAAAAUCGUCAAAAAGCCCAUUGCCCCGGUCAAGGUCGCCAAGAUUGAAGUCAAAGUCCCCAAAGUGGUCGCCGUCGACAUUCCCAAGAAGAUCGUGCCUGAGAAGCCCAAGAAGGAGAUCAUCAUUGGCAAGAAGAAGCCCUUCGUGAAGCCCAUCUCGAUCCCCAAACCCAUCCUGUUGAAGAAGCCCUUGGACAGCAAGAGCGUCUUGGUACCAGCGAGCACCAUCUUUGUGCAGGAAGCACCAAAACUGCCCGAAUCCUACACCAACGCUGAACACGUCAACGCUGCUUUGGGAGCCUCGCAGGUCGGAAUUAGCAAUGGUGCCACUCGCGUCCCCAGUGACGUGCAGAACCUUCCUCGCUUGGUGCAGGCCUCAGUGCAAGCUUUGGGCAACGUCAAUUCGAUCGGAGAAGUGGCCGACGCCAUCGAGACCUACAACGAGCUCGGAGGACUGAUCAGCCGCAGCGACAGCGACUUCUUGCCCUCCUCUGGUUUCGCCACCAAGAAGAUCGACCUGGACACCAUUCGCCUCGCCCAGAAGCCGAAACCUGAGGAAGGUCACGUGGCCAAGAGCGAACCCCAGCGAUCCAGCGCUCCGGCCGACUUCAAGCCCAGCCCCAUUGACCCCAUCGUGGUCCUCCCCGUGGGACAAACGACGACGACGACCCCUGCCACCACCGAGGCAACGACCGAGCAAAUCGUUCCCGACGCCAGCCAGUGA